AUGAUGCACCCCGCGCGACAAGCCUACGUCGAGGAGGCCGAGGACACGGAUAUGGGCAUCGACCUUGCCAAUCUCCCGGUCGACCAAGACUACGAGAUUCCCUCGUCGGCAGCGGGCAUCCCCGCUGAGCGAGCGUCCGCGAUUCUAUCCCAGUUUGAGCGAAAACGGAGAGCAGCCGCCAUGGCGGUGCCCACGGAUGACACUCGAGUACGCGCACGGUUACGAGAGCUUGGGGAGCCAAUUACACUGUUCGGCGAAGGCCCGGCGGACCGGCGAGACCGUCUACGCGAGUUGUUGACCGAUAUCGCGGACAAGCAAGCAGAGGAGGGGGACAUUGAAAUGCGGGAACCAGACGAAGAGGAGGAAGAGGCCGAACAUCAGGAGGAAUUCUAUACCGAGGGUACUGGUGAAUUGUUGGAGGCACGAAAAUCCAUGGCCCGGUUUUCUUUGCCGCGCGCAAAAGCUCGAGUGGCACGACUCAAGGACGACUCGACGAUCCCGCUCCGAACACAUGUCAAGCACCGCAAAGUCAUCAAGGAAAAGCUACAGGGGUUCGAUCUGUAUGGGUCUCAAAUUGCCGGGGACCGCCCGGUCAGCAUUUGCCGAUUCGCGCCGGAUGGCCAAAGCAUCGCCGCAGGGAAUUGGGGCGGUGGCAUCAAGCUUCUCACAGUACCCAAUCUAGAAGAACGGGCCAAUUUCAAGGGACAUACCGAUCGAGUAGGUGGGUUGUCGUGGUUCCCGGGUGCCACGCUACCUGAAUCCAAUGUCUCUCCCUCAGCGGUCAAUCUAGUCUCGGGUGGUGGCGAGGGAAACAUCAAUCUGUGGGCCCUCGAUCAAGAUAAGCCGCUGGCGACAUUAUCAGGCCACUCAGGACGCGUAUGCCGCACAGAAUUUCAUCCAUCGGGACGAUAUGCGGCAUCGGCUUCCUUCGACACCACCUGGCGACUGUGGGACGUCGAAACGACAACGGAGCUUCUUCUGCAGGAAGGCCAUUCGCGAGAGGUCUAUGCGGUGUCGUUUAAUAACGAUGGAUCGCUUUUGGCAAGUGGUGGAUUGGACAGCAUUGGGCGAAUCUGGGAUCUUCGCACAGGCCGGACAGUCAUGAUUCUUGAGGGCCAUAUUCGCGAAAUCUAUGGCCUCGACUGGGGAGUGGACGGCUACCGAGUUCUCUCCGGCUCCGGAGAUGGAUGGGUGAAAUGCUGGGACUUGCGACAAGUGCGAAACACCGGUGGGAUCGGUGCACACAAGAGCGUGGUAUCCGACCUUCGUUGGUACCAAGGAGCCGAGUCGGACUCUUAUUUGCCCUCAACCGACAACACCAAUGGCCGAAUGGACAUUGAUAGUGCGGGCCCAACACCCGAAACCACACCGGCUGCGUCCGUCCAGCCGAAGAAGUCGGGCACAUUCUUUGUGACCAGUGGUUUCGACAAGAACGUCAACGUCUUCAGUGCGGACGACUGGUCGCUGGUGAAAACGUUGAGCGGCCACUCUGGCAACGUCCUCAGUACGGACAUCAGCAACAAUGCGAAGUGGAUUGCAAGCUGUGGCCACGAUCGAACAGUGAAGCUUUGGGGGAUCGAAUAA